UAAAUCCAUUACCAUGUCAAACCACAGAAAUGAAACUCAUCCUCUGAAAACUACCAGGUGAAGUGAACUAAACGCGCAGGUAAAGCCACGUAAAGCUAGAUUAAACUCUACUACAUGCUUGCUAACGGUGACAGUGCCAGUUGUCUUCUUGCUCAUGAACAAACUUUUCGAGUUAGAGGCAAGAAACAAGGUUAGCUAAAAGCUAACAGCUAGCUGUCAGUUGGCAGCUCGUUACUAUCUGACAGGGAGCCACCUGACGACCGCUCACAUGAUUAAACUCCUGCGAUCAGACCCAUGACAUUACACAACUGGAAACAGAUUCUCUUGGCGUGUUUGUGUUUGUAUGUGUAGUUUGGAUCACUGGAGUGCCGCUUAGGGGCUUGUUAAACAACAAGUCACAGCAACAACAACAUGUUUGGUAAAAAGAAGAGAGCACCGCAGCCUAAAGGCCAGGGCGCUGCUGCAGCCAAGCAGAUGGGUCUGUUUGUAGACCUGGACCCCGAAGAGAUGAUGGUGGGUAUGGAGGAGAAUCUGGACGACCCGGACUUGGAGGCUGAACUUGCUGCUAUCACUGGAAAUAAAGCUGCUGCUGGAGGAAGAGCCAGGCAGAAAGGGAAAAACCCGCUGCCCAUGGAUGACAUUGCAAGAAUGGCUGACGAGUGUAUGAGAGAUGUGGAUGAGGAUGAAGAAGACAGUAACCUGGAAGACGAUGAAGAUCUAAUGGCAGAGCUACAGGAAGUGGUGGGUGAAGAGGAAGAUGAGGAUGCUGUAACUGCUUCCUCCACAUCCUCUGCCACCGCUGAAUCUCAAGCUGAAACGCCAGAGUCCCCACCUCUGCAGCAGCAGGUAGUAAAGGUCUCCUCAGCGGCGGUCGGCAGCCUUCAACACACCCUGGAGGAGAGAGCAGCCAUGUACAAGACAGCCUUACAAAACGCAAAGACUGCAGGGGAGACCUCCAAAGCCAGGAGGUACGAUCGCGGACUGAAGACUCUGGAGUCGAUGUUGGCUGCUGCGAAAAAAGGGAGACCAGUGAACGAGGGAGAGAUCCCUCCUCCUGUUGCAGCUGGAGCCCCAAGUGCCGCCCCUAAGCCAGCUGUUCCCAAACGACCUGCUCCCUCUGUACCUUCUCCCUCUGAAUCCACUCAUUCGGAUCAACAGGGGCAUUCGGAGGCCACGCCGUUACCGCCUGCUGUACCAGAGAUCAUCACCCCCAGCAGCGAAGAAGAGCAGUCGUCCUCCGCCGCCCUGCCCACUCUGAGCAGCGUCUCAUCUCCAGAGGAGCCGAUAGAGGAAACGGCCAACCAGCCUCAGACACCGGACGAGGCGACCAAGGCAACACUUUUGGAGAGGCAGAAAGAAUACAAGAUGGCAGCUCUGAGAGCCAAGAAGCAGGGAGACGUGGAGCAGGCUAGGCUUUACUUUAAGACAAGUAAGAGGUUUGAUGCAGUGAUUGAGGCGCUGGAGAAAGGACAAGCAGUCGACCUGAGUGGCCUUCCUCCAUCUCCGGGACAGGGAACAGGAGGCAGCUUGACUCCAGUGAAGGAACCCUCCUUUGGGCAAAAUAUAGAAGUCACCCAACCGGUUGCAGCAGCUCCAGGCCCUGCUCCCUCAUCAGCCGCUGCAGCUCCCAAAGACGUGCUGGAGGCUCUCGAGCAGAGACAUGCCAAGUAUGUGGAGGCGUCUAAUCAGGCCAAAGCCAGUGGAGAUGACCGCAAGGCCAGAAUGCACGACCGUAUAGCCAAGCAAUACCAGAGUGCCAUCCGAGCUCACAAAGCAGGAAAAUCAGUGAACUUUGAGGAGCUUCCUGUUCCCCCUGGUUUUCCUCCAAUCCCGGGCCAGAAGGCGACAGGAGCUGAGCAGGGAUUCAUUGCUGCUCUGGAGGCAGCCGAUAAGCUUGCCUCCACUGAUGCUGCUGAAAUAGCAGAUGAAGAUGAAGAAGACGAAGAGAAGUCUAAGCCGGCUGUUCCAGAAGAGCCAAAGAAGCCGACGUCGGACGUUCCCACCGCAGGUGAAGGAAGGAAAAGGACUCCGGCUGCUUCUCCUGACAGAACAGCCGCCAGGGAAGGACUCUCAAUUACAGCGACUCAGCAGCUGGAGCUCCUGGAGGGCAGGAAGAAGCAGUACAUGAAGGCAGCUCUGCAGGCAAAGCAGAAGAACGACAUGGAGCAGGCCAAGAGUUUGCUCCGCACCGCCAAGGGCUUCGACCCCAUAAUUGAAGCAGCGCGCAGCGGCAAAACCGUGGACAUCAGCAUGGUGAGCAGCCCCCCUGGUGACGAAGACGGAGACUUCAUCCUGAUUCAUCACAGUGAAGUUCAGAUCUCAGAGAAAGCAGAGCAGGUUUACACACAACUGGUCAAGAUCCUCAAAGAGCAGCAUGAGAAAUGCAUCACUCACUCCAAGCAGUUCACACACCUGGGGAACGUCACUGAAACAACAAAGUUUGAGAAGAUGGCGGAGAGUUGUAAGAAAAGUCUGGAGGUCCUGAAGCUGGCUCAGUCCAGAGGUCUUCCUCCCCCUAAACAUCACUUUGAGGAGAGAUCAUUUCACACUGUCAGGAUAUUUCCAGAGCUGAGCAGCACUGACAUGGUUGUUACUAUUGUCAAAGGGAUGAAUCUUCCAGCUCCUAGUGGAAUCCAAACAAAUGACCUAGAUGCCUUCGUCAAGUUUGACUUCCCCUACCCCAGCACGGAGCAGCCGCAGAAACACAAAACAGCGGUCAUCAAGAACACUAACUCCCCAGAAUAUAACCAGAGUUUCACCCUGUCAAUCAACCGGAACCACCGCGGCUUCAGGAGGGUGGUGAUGUCUAAAGGCCUCAAACUGGAGCUGCUGCACAAAGGCGGUUUCUUGCGGAGCGACAAGCCAAUCGGGACGGCCCUUGUAAAGCUGGACAAACUGGAGUCACAGAGCGAAGUCAGAGAGAUCGUAGAGGUGAUGGACGGGCGUAAGGCCACAGGAGGUCGUGUUGAAGUGAAGAUCCGACUGCGGGAGCCUCUGAGCGGACAGGACAUGCAGACGAGCACCGAGCGCUGGCUGGUGAUCGAUCAGUCGCAGGUUCUUGUUUAGAUGCUGCUGCAAGAUUAAAGAUGAUCCACAAGAUAAAGAUUAAAGGCACUCAAUUAGAAACACUGAGGAGGACGGGGUUUGGGAUGUUGUGAUGAGGACGGUCUGUCGUUCAGACUGGACUCUGACCUACACGGGUCUUUGACUUGUUCAAAUGUUUUUGCACAUUUGCGAGACACAAGCUCUCCCUUUCACACUGCAGUCCCCCAGGAGGAGACAUGGAUCUGGUUUACAGUAGUUCAGCUGAUCUGGCUCAGCGACAGGAAGCUCUUCAGUCUGAGCAAAUGGUGACUCCAUUUAAAUCGAGGGAAAGGUUGUUCUCUCGUUCGUCAUCAUCUGUAAACUGUAAGCUCGUGAUGCAUCAGGCAGACGAGGUGGUAGGCUCCUUGUGACAUUUAAACCAGAGAAAACUAUUCAGGCAAUGAUUACAGUUGUCUCUUUGUGCAUCGCUCCAUCUCCUGGAUGUGUCCUCUGCUAAUGUUGAAGGGGCUCAGUGUCGAGCUAACUUGAUCCUGCUGCCCCACAUAACUCUAGUUAAUAUAUCAAAGAAUGUGUACAUAUUCCUCACAUUAUACAGCUCUGGUAUCUAGAACUGCACCUAUGCACUAAUACCAAAGUAAUCACUGUUGCUGUAAAAUCCUGCAUAUUUGAAAUCGCCUUUACCUGCCAAACCUGUUACAAUGAUGAGAGCUUUACAUGUGACGGGACGCUGACGGGCUGUUUUAUUAUUUUCCCACACAAUUUGUCUGGUUUGAGAACGCAGGCGGAUGCAGCACCCUCACAGAUGUUACAGGAGUAAGCCAAUAAAUUAUGAUACUAUACAAGGUACGAUUUAUGUUUUAUUGUUUUGAAGACCACACUCGCUUACUUUGACUAAUAAAUCCUCUAGCUAACUGGGGUCACUAAACUGCACUCUCACUUAUCUGUGGCUUUUGGUGUGUUAGAUUUAUAUUUGUCUUGUUUGCACCUAGUAGCACAUCAGCUGAGUGUGUCUGAUCUUUGUGUAACAAAAUGUGCUUCAGUCUAAAAAGCUAAAUAUUCAUUUUAUUACAAAGCAAACAUCCAUUAUUGCACAGAUAAGGAGGUUAAAAAGUAAUUUUUAAAUGAACAUCAUUGGAUGACUGAACUUUAAUCUCAUCCUGUAUUUUAGUUUAAGGAAUAGUUGAACCUUUUGGGAAAUUAAAGAUGGGGCUGUAGUCUGGAGGCAAUUAGCGUAGCUUAGCGUAAAGACUGGAAGCAGGUUGAAAACGGCACUCUCCAAAGUUCAAAAAUACACCUCCUAACACCUCUAAAGCUCAGUUAUUAACAUGUCGAAUCUCAUUUGUUUGGUCUGUACACAAACUGAAAUGUAAAAGUUUCAGAGGGUGUUGUAAAUAUGUCUUGCCAAUUGACUUCCGAGAGCCUCAUGGUAACAACAAGACUCCAGUGAAGUCAGCUUUAGGUUUUUUACUUUGGACAGAGCUAGGACUGUCACCCUGCUUCCAGUCUUUAUGCUAAGCUAAGCUAAUUGCCUCCUGACUCCAGCUCCAUCUUUAAACACACAAACAAGAAAGAUCUUCUCAUCAAACUCACAGCUAGAAAGCAAAGAAGUGUUUUCCAAAAUGUUGAACUAUUCUUUUUGUUAAAUACGUUAUACAACUAUGCAGCAGGUACUGAAUAUUUUCAUGAUUUGUUUUUUUUUUUUUAAA